ACGAUGGAACGAAGACUGCAACAAAGUUGGAGAUCCAGAUAAUCCAGAUUCUAUCUAGACAGCUCUCGAACAUGCUAGUGAAUAUAAGAAGGUUGAAACAAGCAGGACGAGCAAAGUUAAUAAUAAUUACUGAGAACCAGAGGGUUCCAAGCGACAUUUUUUUCAAAACACGUUUUAUUGCAAGAAAAUCAGAUCCAUAGAAUCCUGCAUCGUUUGCUGUACAAACUUUAAGCCUAUUCCCAUAGAUAGCACCACUACAUUAUUUGUAAAAUAGUUCUAAGCGACAAUGAACGUCAUUUUUAAGAAUCAUAAGGUUCCAAGUGAUUGUUUACUCUGUUGUUUAUGUCAUCAAGUUAAAAGUUUGUGCCAAUUUCAUGCUUCUUAGUGGCUUAAAAGCCGUGUAAUAUGUCAGAUACUUCAGAAGAAGGGACCUUUGACGACUUUUUAAGCUCUGGAUCUGAAUAUAUGCCCGACUAUGAAGUUAAAAAGAGACUUUUUCCAGAAAUUGGGGAGCCCUCAAGCUCAGCAAAUAAGAAUGUUCAAAACUUAAUACCAGAGGAUCAUCGUUCAAUAGUCAAAAAUUAUCAGAAAGACAAUAAUACUUAUUGUGAUGAUAAUCGUAUUGUCAAUUACACUGAUUCUGAAACAUCCGAAUCAUCAUCAGAUAAAACCCCAAUGAAGGAGAAGGCAAAGUAUAGGACACGUAAACGAAACAGAAAUAUUAGCCUACGAAAAAGUAAUCAAAGAAAAGAAAAGUACCAAAAGAGGCAAAGUUAUAUAAACAGUAAAGGAGAUUUAAAACCUGCAAAAAAGAUUGAUGAAAAAAAGCAAAUUCGUCCACUAAGUGUUUCGUUGUACAGGCACAUUUUUAACUAUGAAUAUAAUCUUGAUUUUCUUAAACCAAAAAGUGACCGAUGUGAUUUUUGUGAAGAGUAUAAAAUUGCCCAGCGGGAGAACAGAAUGAGUGAAGAACUGGAAUUGUUAAACAGCCAGCACAUUUUAAAGAAAAACCUAAUGAGAACAGAACGGGAACAAGAUGGUAGUCCUUUUGAGGUGCAAUAUAAAGUGGAAAAUCAUUCUUCACAAUUUAUUAAAACAAAUGUAAAGAAAGAAGUAAAAACUACAAAAGGUCGCAAAGAAAAACUUACAUCUAAAGAACUAAAUAGGAUGGAUGCAACCUUUAGUAUUGAGCCUGUAAAAAAUUUUAAAACUAAGAGUUUUACAAACAAAAAGAUUGAGUUUCUAGCUAAUCCUGCCGAUAAAACGCAUUUAGUGAAACAUAUUAAACUUACCCCAGAAAACAUUUCAAAUAGUGAUGUUUUAUGUUCCAAUCAUUUUUCUGGGUAUAUAUUUAUGUCAAAGACUGGAUGUGGAGGAAGAACUAGAUUAAUUCUAGGUGCAUUGCCAUCAGAAUUUAAUGUGGCCCCAGAAGAAGAUGAAUCUAAAAGUGAUGAUCUGAACCAUCAUGCCUCUGUUGCAGAAAAAGAAAACGCAGAAUUAGAAAGCAUGCAAAUAACUAAUUCGUCUUCAAAUUUCGAAGAGAUACCUCUUCGAGAAGAUUUGGAAGCAAUCCAAGUUCCAGAGGGUGUGUAUGAUAACGCCGCUAUCCUGUGA